AUGGCCCUGCGACCACCGACCACGCCGAGGGCCUCAACACUGCUUUCUCACAACUCGAUUGCUGCGGCCGGCUCAACUCCUUCUUCCCUCCCUACCCCAUCCCGGCGUCGAGUUUCGUCGAACGUCGCCUCGUCGUCACGCUCGAAUCUCGGAGGAGCCGCCGACGAACUCGACAGCUUGCAACAGGCCCUUCGAUCCCACGAUCCGAGCCAAUACGAUUCCCCUCACCUCCUGGGGAACAGUUAUGAUUCGACAGAUAGUCCGACACCGAACAAAUCGAGUCAUACGGUCACCCAACGAAGAGCGCUGAGGAGACCUUCCAUCGUCAACCUCAAGUCGAAUUUGGCUGUCUCGGCUGGGGGCAGUGGCGCUUCGAGACCGACUACACCCUCGGGGCGGACAUCAGGCAUGGGUGUAUCCACGCCUCGACAUCAUGCGAUGGGUGGAUCGAUGACGCGCUCAAAGACCCCGACUUCGCUUGCGACUCGACCCCUCUCUCGAUCGACGAUGCACAACUCGCUUGGCAGUUCGAUCGCGGGCUUCAAAGGGUUGCAGGUAGGCGAUCAGGUCAAAUUUGAAGUAGCGGGGAACGCGAUGGAAGGUGUUAUUCGGUUCUUGGGCGCCGUCGAUGGUAAAGAGGGGCAGUGGGGUGGAGUCGAAUUGGAUGCCGAAUGGAGCGGACUGGGCAAGAAUGACGGGAGCGUCAAAGGGUGAGUCAUUUCUGGCAUUCCAGAUGGUCCCGUGGAGGAACAGCGCGCCUUAUCGCAUUGAGGUGAUCUCACAGUGUUCAAUACUUUGCCUGCAACCCGCUGUGCGGCCUCUUCCUCCCGCUGCAAAAAAUCACCAAGAAGCCGCCCGCGCCGCCGGCCAUCACCGCCGGCUCUCGAGCGUCCAAAUACGUCGGUCUCAAAGCUUCUGAACUGGCGUCGAACAAGCGACAGAUGGAGCAGAAUCGAACAUCGAUGGGACCACCUGCAUCACCUACCAAGGGCCAACCGCGAAGAUCCUUGGCCCCGCCCAGUCCGAUCAAAGUCGGUUCGAUUUCGUCUUCGUCUGCUUCGGCCUCUUCGACGCCAAGAGCGAUCCGAAGUGGUCGCCCUUCGUACGGCGGUGGAGCUUUUGGCGCGACACCAAGGAAAUCGAUCGGGGGAGUCUUGGCUUCUUCGACGCCCCGAGCGAAUAUGUCAAGUUCGGCAUCGGGGAUGAAGAGACCUCCCUCUGCACUACGGUCGAAUUCGAUCCCUGAUGUUCCUGCUCUACCGCAUUCGUAUGCCCUGAAUCGAUCGAUCACCCCUUCGUCAUCGAGGGACGGUCGAGCGACGCCUUCGACGCCUUCGCUCGUUUCUUCGAGGAUGCAACGACGGCAAUCUGAGAUCUCGACGACCUCUGCGUCGACUGGAUUGGGAGGUGGGUUGGGCUUGGGGCAUUCGACUUCGAGGCCUACGACGCCUUCGGUGAGGUCGUUCUCGAGGCAAUCGUUCGCGAGUUCUUCGGUCUCGAGGAAUAGUUUGCGGUCGACGACAAGGGAGGAGGAUGAUAUUGCCGAUUACAAGCAGCAGGUCGUGGAAGCACGGGAGAGGGAGGCGAGCGUGAGGGAGUUGCUGGAAGGGUCUGAGAAGGUGGGGAGGGACAUGGAGGCGCUUGUGGGAGAGUUGAGGGACCGGUUGAAGGAGAGGGAUGCGCAGGUCGAUGAGAUGGAACGGAAAGCCAAGGAGAGGGAGAUCAGUCGGAUGGCCGAGGUCGAGGAUGACGAUGCGGGGAGCAAGAAGGAGUUGCAGAGGCUCUUGAAGGAAAUGGAGGAGAUGAGAGAGGAGGGCAAGGGCAAGCAGGAACGAUGGGACAAGUUGCAGCGCGAGUGGGCGACCAAGUCCGCGGCGAAAGAGGGCGAGAUCGCUUCGCUCAGGGAAAGGUUGGACAUCGCGACGCAGGGCGUGGACGAGGAGAAGUCCGAGCUGCAGCGCCAGUUGGAGCAGUUGAGGAGCGCGGGGCAGUCGCUUUGUUUGACGUACGAGGAACGCAUCGCCGAGAUUGAGAUUGCGCGGCUGGAAAGCGUCGACUUGGCCGAGACGUUGGCGGCGCAGUUGGAGGCGUUACAGUUGGGUGGACGGGGCGGGGUCAUCGAGAAGGGGACGACGACAAACGACGACGGCGAGGAGGUGCAUCGCUCGGGAUCCCCGGAUUCUCCGACACGGCGCUUGGGCGCUUCAACGAAUGCUUCCGUGGCGGACAUCAUCAAUGCCGAAUCUGCGCAGGCCGAUCUCGACCACUUGCGCAUCAAGGUCGGUUCGCUGGAGGAGCAGUUGGAAGAAGCGCGCAUGCACCUCGAGGCCGAAGUUAACGACAGCCGUAAGCGACGGACGAAGCAUCAAGAGGCCGAGGCGGUCUUGAAGAAGGAUCUGAAGGGGUUGCGCGACGCGUUGGAUCGCUCGGCCAAGCACGAGACGAGGUUGACGAGUCGGAUCGCCGAACUUGAGGUUGCGUUGCAAGAGAGUCAGGCGACGUUGGAGGAUGAAAGGUCUGAGUUGGAGGGUCUGAGGAGCGACGUCGUGGGUGGAGCGAGUGCGGGUAUUGCGGAUGAACUCAAGAGGGCCAACAAGCUCGUCGGGAAGUUGCAGGAAGAACUCGACGAGGUCAAGCAGAGCAAAGCGCAGCAGGUCGAGCGCGUUUCUGAACUUCAGGCGCAACUGGACGUGGCCCUUUUGUCGAUCAGUCAACGAUCCUCGAGCCCGACCCAAGCGCCGACGCAGGAUACUGGCUCGGCCUCGUCGCAACUGUCACCGACAUCGGUGUCGAUGAACCGCCGGGAGUCCAGUCUCGCCUCGAGUGGUGGUCGACGCUCGGUCGGAAGUAGAGACGACGAGAUUGCAGACGCUCAAGAGCAAAUCGUCGGCCUCAAGAUCAUUAUCAAGUCGCUCGAAGACGACAACUCGGUCCUGAGCGAACGCAACAUCGCUCUAGGGAAUGAAGUGCAGGACCUCAAGGAUGCUCAACAGGCGCUCGAGACGACGGUCGAGAACCUGAUGGGGCAGAUGACGAAUGCCGACUCGUCAUCGGUCGCAGUCAAGGUCAUUUCGAGUCCUACGAUGGAUGCCAAGGGGACGAGGGCGGUCAGGGAGGUCGAGGAGCUCAAGCUCAAGUUGCGAGAGGUGGAGAAGAAGGCAGAGAGGGAGAUCAAGGUCUUGCACCAAGAGGUCAGUAUUCGUGCUACGGGGCUUCGGAAGGGAAGAAGGUGACUGAAGUUGUUUUUGUUCGUAGGUCAAUGAGCUCGAGUCGCUCGUCGAGUCCAAAAUCUACCGCGAAGAUGAGCUCGAGACCGAAUUGGAGAAGUACAAGGCGCUUGCUGCAAAAGUGCCCAGCUCUUCCUCGACAUCCGGCGGUGCCUUAUCCUUGACUGCCACGACCAAGGGGAACGGAUUGACACGGUCCAGCAAGGAAGAAGACGAUGAUGAAGAUAAUGGCGAAUGCGAACUGUGCGGCGACAUGCACGACCUCGAGUCAUGUCCCAUCUUUGCAGGGUCUUCCUCACCGAGCAAAGUCGGUCGACCCCGUGCUUCGGUCUCGGGCGGGCAGAGGCAUGCCAAGUCGGCGUCUUUGGCGUCAAUUUCUUCAGAGGGGGUCAAGACCUCUACGGAAGCUUAUUGCGACGAUUGUGAAGAGUAUGGGCAUGCGCUGGAGGAUUGUCCGUUGGCGAAUGAUAUCUUUUAG